AUGUCUACUGUCCGUGUGGAGCCGCUGUCCACCCGUGAGAAGAUGUGUUUCGCGGUGGGGGAGUUCUGUGGCGUGAUGACGUACGACGUCCUCUCCCUGUACGCCAACAUCUUCCUCCUGGAGGUGGUCAAGCUGACUCCCCUGGCGGCCACUGCGGUAAUUUUCGGAAGCCGAGUUUGGGACGUCCUGGCGUACCCUCUCCUCAUUCCGGUCCUGGACGCGACCAGGCCGAACAAGUGGGGCAAGCAUAAAACCUGGAUGGUCGCAUCUACUUUAAUCGCCAUUCCUUCCUACGUGCUGGGGUGGUACGUCCCGGGUAUUGACAGCGGAGUGAAAGUCGCCUGGUACCUGGUCUUCUACAGCGUGUUUCUGGUGUUCCAAACGGCCUACACCAUUACUCAUCGUACCCUGCUGAUGUACAUGACCGAAGUACCAGCCGAGAGGGAUUCAGCAACAACCUAUCGAGUUCUAUGCCACAUGUUGUCAAAUCUCCUGGCCAUCGUUGUCCAUGGACAGAUCGUGGCAGCGUUCGGCACCACGGAAUCUGCAUCGUGUGUCAAUUCCACAAUCAGCAACACGAGUACGGCCGUCACUGCGGACCCGGAGACUGGUUACCUCGUAUCAGCUGGAACUACCGCCGCCAUCAUCACUAUCGCUGUUUGUGCAACAGUCUUCGGAGUCAAGGAGUACACAGGGAGCACGGUCACCGAUGACGACACCUCACGAGGAACUCUGCUGAAGGACAUCUGGGAAGUUUGUACUUUCCGACCGUUCGCUGACCUGGUGGGCGUGGGGAUGCUGUCAAUCUUUGGCACCAUUCUGCAGCAAUGGUCCAUUGCACUUGCAAUUCAAUACGCCUAUGGACUUGAAGAUCAACUGCAGAACCUGCUCCUCGCUCUUUUGGUAGCAAGUGUCUUAUCCGUCCCCGUCGCUGCCCUACUACUGAACCGUUUUGGGAAGAAGCUAGUCUUAGCAGGAUAUGCCUUGUUAAUGAUGGGAGUUUCGGUGGGCCUGAUGUAUGUUCCAACAAGGCGACUGGAUGUUUUUCUCCCAGUGGUCUGUCUCGGCGGUGCUGGAAUUACUGGCCCAAACUACAUACCAUGGACUAUGGUGACUGACGUGGCGGAUGACUUCAAGAUUCAGAAAGGGAAGAGGCGGGACAUGCUGGUCCAGACGUUAUACCAGACCCUGUAUAUAGCCGCCGUACUGCUCGCUUCAGUCACCUCCAUAGUGGCUUUGGAGAUCGGCGGUUACCGGACCGGUUCCUGCACCCAGCCGGACUCCGUCGCCUUCACCACCCGCCUGCUGAUGUCCUUUAUCCCGGCAGGGGCGUACCUCCUCAGCCUGGUCUUCCUCUGGCGCUACCAGCUCACAGGCGACAGACUCGCGGCGAACAAGGCUGUGCUAGAGGAACGAAGGACCCAGCAGUCUGCAGACAGCGGUAACACCGACAAGGCGGCACCACAGCCGUCUCUGGCCAUGAAGUCACAUGACUUACCGGACACACGCGGACCGGUGCAGCUGACUUACUUCGGGCCUUACGGUUCCUUCCGGUUUAAACUCCCUUAGCCAUUUCCUCUGUUUCAUUGGCCUACUGUUAUUGGAAAGAAUUCACACCGUUCAAGUGGAAAUGAAUCCAGAAUAUUAGUCGUUUUGCCGUUAAUUUAUUUACAUAUUUCUUUUUUUUUUUUGGUUCUCUGUCAAGGCCUACGUCACAUUUCCAAUCCGGGCAGCUUUCGGGAACGAAAAGUAUGGUAUAAACUAUAAAAGACACCAAGCUACAUACGACGUAAAGAGGAUAGUCGUGUGCAUUGUUUGUAUUAAUAAUAUAACUGUUUGUUUGCUGCUACAAGAAGUAAGACAGUUCUUGGCACCUCCUCCCAUUAAUGUAACUUAGUAUAGUCCAACAUGAAUAUUGAAUAUGGUGUUCUCUCUACGAAAGGGCAUUUAAAGUAAUACGACGUCUUUACUACAGGACACACGGUCUCUGUAUGUAUGUCUAGUACCAUGAUACUAGAAUAAAGGCUUAGCAGCCUCUAACGUUACGUCUAUA